UAAAAGAGGUACAAGGAUACCCCAACCCAAAUACAAAAAAGAAAACAACUAAAAGAAAAGUACAACAUAAAGGCCAACAACCAGCAACUUAAGACCAAGAGCUUCCUGCAAUUGAAACCAGCACCAGAGAUUCCGCAGCAAGAUUACAAGCCUCCUCAACGUCCCUCUCCUCUAACGCACAAUGAAAACCCUAACUCAACCCACAUCUCUCUGCUCCAAUUCCUCCAGAUUCCCAACUCAACCCUCACCUCUCUCAUCCACAUCAUUAUUAUCGCUUUCGUGUUCGUGUUCGUGUUCUUCUUCUACCCCCUCUCACUACAUCGUCGAUAAAGCUUCAUCUUCCACUUUUUCAAAUUUGGCAAAUCAAAUUCAACACUUCCACCGAAUCAUGGUUAAAAGUAUUUGUUUCCAUCGUCAAUUUCUUCCGAUUCUUGGGAAAAGCAUUUCAUGACAUGUUCCCCCAAUCCUUACAAGCGUUCUUAUGGUUCCUUUGGUGAAGAAGGAUAAAGCUUGUUUGAGGAUCGAACAGUUUUGGGAUGUGCCUAAUGAAUUUUACGUGGCUGCAAAUAGUUAUCUGCCAACCCUUGUCACAAGCUGCCUCAGAGUUGCCAGGUUUGACAACAAGGUUAUGCAGGCUGUGGAGGAAGGACAACACGCAAUGGAUCAAUUUGAAGGUAUAAAUAUUGGAUGGAAAUUGGAGGUUGAUAAAGCAUUUACCAAUGGGGUCAACAGAGCAAUAAUAUUGAGCUUCAACAAAAAUUGCAUGGAGAAAGUUAUCCACCAAUACCUCCCACAUAUCGUAACCUUACAUGAAUAUGAAUGCAAGGUGUCUGAGGUAAAAUUUCCGAAAAUCUUUUCCCAUGAAGGUUAUUGGAAUGGAUAUGAAUUAUCUCACCCUGCAAUGGACACGCUUUCCAUUAACCCUUCCCUAAAAGAGGCAAUAAUUGAGGACUUGGAGAGGUUUCUGAGUAAAAAGGAAUUUUAUAAGAGGGUGGGUAAACCUUGGAAGAGGGGCUACUUGUUGUAUGGCCCUCCUGGAACAGGGAAGUCAAGUCUCAUUGCAGCAAUGGCUAAUUAUCUCAAGUUUGACAUCUAUCAUUUAAAAUUGUCUAAUGUCAUGUCUGAUGCUCAUCUGAAGAAAAUGUUGUUGAGGACCCCCAAGCAUUCCAUGAUCGUAAUAGAGGAUAUUGAUUGCAACAAGGGGGUGCACGCUGGGAAAAUGGGUGAAGAAGCUGAGAAUGACAAGCACAAGUUCAAUUUAUCUACCAUACUAAACUUCAUGGAUGGACUCUGCUCAGGAGAAAAGAUUAUCGUUUUCACCACAAAUCAUAAAGAGAAGGAGCUGGAUCCUGCCCUUCUCAGUCCUGGAAGGAUGGAUUUCCACAUAAAUCUUUCAUACUUAAAAUCCAAGCCGUUCCAGAUUUUGGCAAAGAACUACCUCGGCAUUGAGCAUCAUCCAACUUUUGAAGAAAUUCAAUGCCUUCUAGAAGUAUUAGAGGUCACCCCUGCUGAAGUUGCUGAACUCCUUCUUCAAUUUCAAUUCGAGGAUGCAGAAUCUUCUUUGGAAUGUCUUUUAAACUUUCUAAAGAAACAGCAAAGGAGAAGUGAAGGCACCUCACUAUAGGAUUAUUAUUAAUUUUCUUUUUGAACUAAAGGCUAUGCCAAAUGUAUUGAUGUUGCUGUUUUUGACAAUAGAUUGAGCUUAAUUUUAUACAAAUUUACUUCUUAAUGUUGUCUGUGUUGUAUACCAAGUUGUUUAUGCUGUUGCAAUAUGCCAAUUUGCAUGAUGUAGUAGAAUUGGAAGUAUUAUUAUCUAUGCACAUUUCUUUCUUGUUGAUUUCAGGCACUUCCUUUUGUUGGAUUUGCAGUGGCUAUGUUUAUGUUUUACUCUUUAGUUCCUGUCCUGCUUAAGAACAAUGGUUCUGCCAUGCUAAAUCUGUCUCUAUUGACCUCAGACAUGUGGGCUAUCUUAAUUCGCAUUUUUGCUUACCAUGAGAAGGUUGAUUGGAUGUACUAUGUGGCCUUUGGUGCUGUAGUUGUUGGGCUUAUUAUCUACUCUGGAGGUAACAAAGAUGAGAAUCAACUCCCUCUUAAUAUUGCUGAAGAUGAUGACCAAAGACUACCUGAUGGGGAAGCCGAUUCAGGAAGUCACAGUAAAGGAAUUCCGGUUGGAAGCUCAGAAAACCAGUUGGUAGCUUAAGAUGUGCGUAAGGGGAAAAACCAUGACGAAGAAUUUCCUAUGAAGAUGGAAUUACUCCAAAAUUUACAUAUAUACACUAUAUCUCCAAGACUGCAGCACAAGAGGCACACAAUUCGACUCAGUUCAUGUAGAUGAAAUUUUUGAGAAUGUGCUCAAGUUUGUUUUUUCUUUUUUGGAAUUUAAUAGUCAAAUUUUAGUAAAUAGCAUCCUAAAAUUAUGUGAUGUUUUACUACUUUGAAGAAAUGAAAUACAGGGAAGAAAUCACAUGAAAAGAUAUUUUCAAAGGUAACUUGUAGGAUUUCUGCAGCCACUUAUAUUUUUCUAGCAUAAAAUUUCAGAUGCUUGACUCGAGGUUGUCUGAAUUAGAAAAGUCA